AUGGGUCAGUGGUGGGAUGCAUCAAAGAUUGACGCUACUGUCACGAGACAGUUCGUCUGUCAGUACCUCUUACCAGAGGAGAUUGAGCGCCUAAGCCAGCCACUAGCUUUUGGUGAUGGUUUGACGGAUGAGACGUAUUGGGACUGGAUCAACAACAAGGCCAAGCGCAUCUUCUUGAUUCUCGUCGACCUCAAGAUCCCAGAUCAGAUCUUCGGUAUCGUCGACGACUCAUGGGACGACCAUGACCUGCCCAUAUCUUCCGAGCAUGUCGAGCGGCUUAGGUUGACGGCUCAAAGGGACGACAAGAUUGAGCGCAAGUUUUUUUCUCGCCAGUUCACCUAUCUGCUGAAGCCCUUCCAACGAGGCGACCACGUCGUCUUUAACGAGUACGAAAUUGUUCCUCUCGAGAUCAUCGAGCGCAGACCGGCGGGGAAUACCUCAGUAGACAAGGUCGUCCUCCCCAACUGUCCCGGUACAGUCUUUUACCGACGCCGCAUCCCACUGGGGAACGGGUUCGGCCAGCUCUCCAAAGGCGAGUUCGUCGAGAUCAUCAAUAGCAUCAGGGGGAUCCAGAAUGACCACUUGGUAUCGUAUUACGCUUCAUACACGCAGGUCGGAGCGGCAUACGUCCUCUUCACACCUGCUACCGAUUCCAACCUGAAGUCUUUCUUUGGCAAUACGCCAUCCACCUUUAAGAAUCUGUCAAAGAAGGAGCGGAGACGGACGAUUAUGAACUGGAUCCUUUGUCUCGCUGACACCCUCGCCUACCUUCAUAGUAGAAGGCUAUGCCACGGGAACAUCAAACCUUCAUCUAUACUCUUCACCAGUCAGCUCCACAUCUUUUACUCGGAUUUCACGAGACUAAACGCCGAGGUUUUAGCCGGUUACACGGACAAGAAUUCGUUUGACCGGGAGUCAUACGACUACGCAGCCCCGGAACAAUGGUUUCGCCCGACAGGCGGUCCAACGAGUCCUUUGGGUCGUAUGGCGACGAUGGCUAUAUCGACGUCUCCGGAGACGCACACCAACUUCUCCAUCCCAAGGAGUGAUAACCCGGGUAGCCCAAAUGCGAUGCUGAACACGCCCAACCCACAUCUGAACCCGCAAGCCGCCGACAUCUUCUCGCUUGGCUGUGUCAUCUUGGACCUGAUGAGCUUCCUCGUCAAAAAGACAACAAAAAGUUUUGCCGCACACCGUGCUGCCAAGCACAAGACCCCCGGUCGUGGUGGUGCUGUGUUGGAUUCGUCAUUUCACAAGAACCUCGGACAGGUCGAGUCCUGGAUGUCGACACUAGCAAAGGAGGCGUCAAAGAAGGUCUCCGAAUCCGAUGGAGGCCUCGUGUUCCGAGGCAUCGUACCGUUAAUGCACAUUGUUGCCCGUAUGCUGUCGGCGAAUCCGAUGGACCGACCCUCAGCUGCCGAGGUGCAAACACAAGUGUACCAGUUGUUGACCAAAUACUGCGACAUUAAGGAGCCUCACUGUGUUCAUCAAUACGGCGGCUGGGACUUUGGCAUGUCGCACUUGCGCAUACAGCCCAUCAGCCCCAAUGCCGAACUCAUGCCGCAGCCUAUCCGACAGAACUCAAUACCGCAACUGCCGCGACGUGGCAGUGAGAGCAUUGGAAGCAUCAGUCCGAGAGGGUUAUCCCAUUCGAGAACGAACAGCAGCGGCGGUAUGUCGAAUAACAGCGGGAUGAGUAGUGCGGCAAGCAGCGAUCAAGACCGAGACCUCGGGCCCGGGUUCACUGCUAUUCGGAACAUCCGGGUACCGCCGGUACGAUCGCCCGGGCCGUGGGACUCGAGCCCCGGUGUCCAGGGCGGACGUAGCGACCAAGCUCCGGUGUAUUGA